UCUGUUUAAAAUUAGUGAAAAGAAAGAUUGAUAUUUUUCCAAGUAAGUGCAGUCUUAAAUGGCAAGAAAAAAAGCAAGAAGGUAACUUUUCACCAAGAUGUUAGUACGACUGCCCAACUGCAUGAGGAACCCUCUGCUGAUUCUCUUCAAAAGGGCAUACUCUCCUUUUUGUGUGGUUCUGAGUUGAGGAAAUAUGAGGUUUUGCAUGUGGGCUGUCCUGCUUCUGCCUUUGUUUCUGGGGAGUUUUGGUGUGGAGGGAAUUGAGCACGGUUCUGUACAUACUGAGAGGAUUUCAGGUAGUGCUGGUGAUGUCCUUGAGGAUAAUCCAGUUGGAAGGCUGAAAGUUUAUGUAUAUGAGCUUCCAAGCAAAUACAACAAGAAGAUACUGCAGAAAGAUCCUCGCUGCCUAACACACAUGUUUGCUGCUGAGAUAUUUAUGCACCAAUUUCUCUUAUCCAGCCCUGUUCGUACUCUCAAUCCAAAAGAAGCAGAUUGGUUUUAUACACCUGUUUACUCCACCUGUGACCUUGCACCUAAUGGGUUGCCAUUGCCUUUCAAAUCUCCAAGGAUGAUGAGAAGUGCAAUACAGCUCAUCUCAACAAAAUGGCCCUACUGGAACAGGACAGAAGGAGCAGAUCACUUCUUUCUCGUUCCCCAUGAUUUUGGAGCUUGCUUUCAUUAUCAAGAAGAGAAAGCUAUAAAAAGAGGCAUUCUUCCUUUACUUCAACGCUCUACCUUGGUUCAGACCUUUGGACAACGUAACCAUGUCUGUCUAAAUGAAGGUUCAAUCACAAUACCUCCAUAUGCUCCUCCAGAAAAAAUGCAAUCUCACUUGAUUCCUCCUGACACCCCAAGAUCCAUCUUUGUCUACUUUCGUGGUUUGUUUUAUGAUGUAAACAAUGACCCUGAAGGCGGUUACUAUGCAAGAGGUGCCAGGGCAUCCAUCUGGGAGAACUUUAAGAACAACCCACUUUUCGACAUCUCCACAGACCACCCAACCACAUAUUAUGAAGAUAUGCAGCGAGCCAUUUUCUGUUUAUGCCCUCUUGGUUGGGCUCCGUGGAGUCCGAGGCUCGUCGAAGCAGUAAUUUUUGGGUGCAUUCCUGUGAUCAUAGCAGAUGACAUAGUUUUACCGUUUGCUGAUGCUAUUCCAUGGGAGCAAAUAGGCGUUUUUGUAGAUGAGAAGGACGUCCCCUACUUGGACACCAUCCUUACAUCUAUCCCAGUUGAAGUCAUUCUAAGGAAGCAGAGAUUACUUGCAAAUCCUUCGAUGAAACAGGCAAUGCUAUUUCCCCAGCCGGCACAAUCAGGAGAUGCUUUCCACCAAAUCUUAAAUGGACUUGCACGCAAACUGCCCCACGACAAGAGAGUAUUCUUGAAGCCGGGUGAAAAAGUUCUGAAUUGGACUGCAGGACCAGUUGGGGACAUGAAGCCUUGGUAAAGAAGCUGAGUUCGUUCCUUGCUAACGUUUUGUCAUCAUCUAGAGCGCUAUGCAUUAGUACUAUAAAAGCCAACGAGGAAUGUAAAUUCUUUCUUUCCUUGUAAUUUUCUCCAUAAUACGUAAGUAUAUUCUACUGUUUGUGAAAUUUACGACGUUUAACCUGUUAUAAUUUUGUACGUUUUCACAACUACUAGGACUUACCGUGCUAUAGUAUCUUUGGUAUUGCCACCA